GUAAAUAAUAAAUUUUUUUUAAUAAUUUGAAGAAAAGCAACUUGUUUUGAUGAAAAUUUAAGCGUUGGUAUAAGAUGUUUCUGAAGUAUUUCCAAACAAUAGAAACAUGAAUUUUGUUUCAAGUCUUUUUCUGAGCUCUCAUUCGAAACGAAGAUCAAUCGCGAAUCUAGCUACAACCAUGAUGUAGAAGUCGAAAGGUUAAUCGAAAUUACAUAAUGACAUGAAGUGAUAUCGUGCAUAAAAUUAUCUAUUUGCUCGAGCAAUUCUGUGAGAUCAAAUUUUCAAAAUUUCUCGGUAGUUUAAAAUAAUUUCUUACGCGUUCUAUUACUCGUCUGUGAUUUGUGACAAAUGGGGCGAUGUACGCGAAAGCGCAACGUUAUCGAAGCGCACAAUCCGUUGUGUCGUGUUUGUACCGACAAUUCGUGUACUACCUUCACCCAAACUGGGGAAAUUCUAAACGUAGAUCUAUUGCUGAGCAACUUUACAAAAAUAACCCGGCGCGCCGCAAACACGACAGUGGCAAUGGCGACAGAAAGGACAAUGUGCUUAACAUGAUCAAUAGCCAGUACUUAGACCACAUGUACAGGGCGUGGCUGGAAAAUCGAAAGUCCGUGAACUCCUCGUGGGAUUCAUAUUUUAAAUUGAUCCAUGCGGAAAGCCCUAAGGUCUCUCAAACCAAGCCCAGUUCGAUGCGCGUCAGUUCGUCUCCUAAGUUAAUGUCAUCAAGCUUCGGAGGGCAGUCGGGCAAGACCGAUGAUAGAGUUCGGGGAAAAUCUGAUAGUCAGAUGCAGGGGGAUCAAUACAUAAUCGGCGCACUUGAAAUCAAUGCCACUAUUCGAGCCUACCAAUCACGUGGCCACUUGAUAGCCGACAUUGAUCCUUUGGGCAUACAGAAUCCGGAGUCGGCAAAGCUACAGGGUACCGCGAAUCUGCCACCCGCGAUUGUGGUGCGGGAACAUCUCAAAGGAAUGACGGAGGCGGAUAUGAACAAGGAAUUCCCUCUCGCAUCCUUGACCGUUAUCGGGGGUGACAAGAGGAGCUUAACGCUGCGAGAGAUACUGACGAGGCUCAACAAAAUUUAUUGCGGCCACCUAGGCCUCGAGUACACGUACAUUCAUGAUCUUAAUACGUUGGAUUGGUUGAGGCAAAAGUUUGAGAUACCAGGCGCCUGGGAAUUGCCCGCAGAGCAUCGAAAAUGGACUUGGAUGAAUGUAAUGAGGGCCGUGAGUUUUGAGAAUUUCUUAGCAAAGAAAUAUGGAACGGAGAAGAGAUUUGGAUUAGAAGGUUGCGAAUCAUUCAUACCGGCCAUGGCGGAAUGCAUGGAAACGUCAGCGCUACAUGGAGUUGAAACUAUAGUUAUUGGAAUGGCGCAUCGCGGUCGUCUAAAUACCUUGACGAACAUCUGCUCAAAACCGAUGAGUCAGUUGUUUACUCAGUUCAACCCAAUCGCUCUCGAAGGAUUAGGUUCCGGUGACGUAAAGUAUCAUCUCGGGACACACUCGGAGAAGUUAUUAGAAAGAACUAAGAAGAAAAUGCUUGUCGCCAUAAUGGCGAAUUCUUCCCAUCUGGAAGCGAUCGAUCCAGUUAUAGUUGGUCGUAUUCGCGCCGAGCAAGUUGAGAAAGGUGACUCGGAAUAUGGCAAAAGAUCGUUAGCUAUACUGGUUCACGGUGACGCCGCUUUUUCCGGACAAGGUGUAGUUUAUGAAACAAUGCAUCUUACCGAUUUACCGGAGUACACAACGGGUGGCGUCAUGCACAUCGUAAUUAACAAUCAAAUUGGUUUUACCACCGAUCCAAGAUAUUCACGAUCCAGUGCGCAUUGUACGGAUGUCGCACGUGUCGUUAAUGCUCCCAUUUUUCACAUACAUGCUGACGAUCCCGAUUUAGUCACUUAUUGCAGCAAGGUGGCCAGCGAAUAUCGGGCUACAUUUCAUAAUGAUGUGGUAUUGGACAUUGUUGGAUACCGAAGACAAGGGCACAGUGAGAUGGAUGAGCCAAUGUUAACUCAGCCACUUAUGUAUAAACGAAUAAAAAACCACCCGAGUGUUCUAUCCAUAUACACCGACAAACUACUUAAGGAUGGCGUAAUAACGGAAGCUUUUGCAAACGAGGAAACAGAAAAGUACAUGAGCUAUUGCGAGGAAGAGUUCAGGAAAGCGCAGACCAUCAGUUCGAUGCAAAUGAGCGACUGGCACGACGUGCCCUGGACCGAAUUUUUUUCGAAUCAGACUCCGAAAAUUAAGAUAUCGCCGACCGGUAUUGAUUUCACGACCAUUAAAACGAUAUGCAGUGCUAUAUCCACUCCUCCGAAGGAUAUCGAGGCGCAUGUUCAAGUAUUGAGGGCGAUGGACAGACGAGCGAAACUCAUGGAGUCUCGGCAAAUUGAUUGGGCAAUGGGGGAAUGCUUGGCUUUCCUCAGCUUGUUGAAGGAGGGUCAUCACGUCAGACUGUCCGGGCAGGACGUUGAGCGUGGAACCUUCACCCAACGAAUACACAUCGUUCACGAUCAGAGCAAAGAUAAGACCUACAAGAACAUCUUGCGCGACGUUUUCCCGAGACAGGCUCUAUACACCGUCUCAAAUUCAUCGCUAUCGGAAUAUGGCGUGUGCGGAUUUGAAUUGGGAUACUCGGCUUACAACCAUAAUACUCUGACACUUUGGGAAGCACAGUUUGGCGACUUCUCCAAUACCUGUCAAGUCAUACUAGAUUGUCUGCUAUGCUCCGGACAAGCCAAAUGGGGCAGACAGAUAGGAUUGGUACUGUUACUACCGCACGGUUUGGAAGCCCAAGGACCAGAACAUUCGUCCGCGAGAUUGGAGAGAUUUCUUCAGCUGUGCGACGACGAGUGUACUCACAUACCCGGAACGGAGCCCGAUGCUCCCGCCAAUGAGAGUGUCGAGCAAAUCAUGACAAGACAGCUUUUCGAAAUAAACUGGAUUGUCUGCAAUCCCACGACACCCGCCAAUUUGUUUCAUCUUCUGCGCCGGCAGAUAGUGAUGCCAUUCCGCAAACCGUUGGUUAUUAUGACUCCCAAAUCAUUGUUACGUCAUCCGAUGGCGAUAUCGAAUUUUGAAGAGAUGGGACCAGGUACGAGCUUUAGGCAUGUUCUACCAAAUCAUUUUGAGAAACCUGCAAACGUGAAAAAAGUGUUGCUCUGUACUGGCAAAGUAUACUACGAUUUGAUUGUCGAGCGACAGGAACGACAAUUGGAAGAUAAAAUAGCGAUUAUUAGAAUCGAGCAACUCUGUCCUUUUCCAUAUCAUCUUUUCGCAGCAGAGAUGGCAAAGUAUCCGCAAGCAAAAAUUAUGUGGCUGCAAGAGGAACAUAAAAAUCAAGGUGCUUAUUAUUAUGUGAGAGAUAGGAUAGCCUUAGCCUUGGGAAUUCCACUAGAGGAUGUGAAGUACGGCGGACGGCCUGCUUCGGCUGCACCAGCAACCGGCAGCAAGAUUAUUCAUAAAAAUGAGUCUGAUAACUUGAUGGAAAUUGCGAUGAAGCUUGAUUAGUUUCGUGGAAAUUACUGUGAAAUUACGUAUUAGAAACACGAUUUUCUCCUCUGAGAAAAUGAUUGUUGUGAGAAAAUGUAUUUGUAUAGUGAAAUGUAUCGUAAAAAAAAGAGGGAAAAAAUUAUUUUGUUAUUUUAAAAUAUUUAUAUAGGGAGAGAACAGUUUUGCUGAAGUGUGUAAAAAAUCAGCUAGAUAUAAAUCUAAAAAUAAUUAUAUUGGAUCUUUAAAAUAACUAUUUAGCUAAAUUUUUAGAUACUUGAGCAAAACUGUUUAUGCACAAUCGAUUGUUAUUAUCUAUUUAGCUAAUAAUAAAAGAUCUGCGACUA